GCGGCGGGGCUCGUUUAAAGGCGCUUCUCCCGCUGCCGCUGCGUUCCGUUCAGAGUGAACAGCCGAGCGAUCGACGAUUCCGCAUAGGACGAGCCAUUGCUGCACACAGCUACACCACCAUGCCUGGAUCUCUUCCUGUGAAUGCUGAAGCCUGUUGGCCAAAAGAUGUGGGAAUCGUUGCACUGGAGAUCUAUUUUCCUUCCCAGUAUGUCGACCAGGCAGAGUUAGAGAAAUUUGAUGGCGUGGAUGCAGGAAAAUACACCAUUGGCUUGGGCCAGUCUAAGAUGGGCUUUUGCUCAGAUAGGGAGGAUAUCAAUUCACUCUGCCUUACUGCAGUCCAGAAGCUUAUGGAGAGGAACAGUCUCUCGUACGACUGUGUCGGCAGGCUUGAAGUUGGAACAGAGACAAUCAUUGACAAAUCCAAAUCUGUAAAGACUGUCCUGAUGCAGCUUUUUGAAGACUCUGGUAACACAGAUGUGGAAGGUAUCGAUACAACCAAUGCAUGCUAUGGAGGCACUGCUGCACUCUUCAAUGCUAUUAACUGGGUGGAAUCCAGUUCCUGGGAUGGGCGUUAUGCACUUGUUGUUGCUGGAGACAUCGCUGUGUAUGCCACUGGAAAUGCCAGGCCAACUGGAGGAGCUGGUGCUGUCGCUAUGCUUGUGGGUCCAAAUGCACCUCUUAUUUUUGAGAGAGGAUUGCGUGGGACCCACAUGCAGCAUGCCUAUGACUUCUAUAAACCUGAUAUGGUAUCGGAGUAUCCUGUGGUUGAUGGGAAACUAUCCAUACAAUGCUACCUCAGUGCAUUAGAUCGCUGCUACACAGUCUAUCGCAAGAAAAUCCGUGCUCAGUGGCAGAAAGAGGGAAUUGACAAAGAUUUUACCCUGAAUGAUUUUGGCUUCAUGAUCUUUCACUCUCCAUAUUGCAAACUUGUACAGAAAUCUGUAGCUCGUCUGUUGCUGAAUGAUUUCCUUAAUGACCAGACAUCCACAAAAGAAAAUGGCGUCUACAGUGGCUUGGAAGCUUUUAGAGAUGUAAAACUGGAAGACACCUACUUUGACCGAGAUGUGGAGAAAGCAUUUAUGAAGGCUAGUGCUGAGCUUUUCAACCAAAAAACGAAAGCUUCCUUGCUUGUUUCCAAUCAGAAUGGGAAUAUGUACACACCUUCAGUCUAUGGCUGCCUUGCUUCUCUCCUAGCUCAGUAUUCUCUUCAGCAACUAGCAGGGCAGAGAAUCGGGGUGUUCUCUUAUGGCUCUGGGUUUGCUGCUACCCUCUACUCCAUCAAGGUUAGCCAAGAUGCAACCCCUGGCUCUUCCCUGGAUAAAAUAACAGCAAGUUUGUCUGAUCUGAAAGCAAGGCUUGAUUCAAGGAAAUGUAUUUCACCAGAGGCAUUUGCAGAAAGCAUGAUGCUUAGACAAGAGACGCAUCAUUUAGCCAACUAUAUUCCACAAUGUUCAGUGGAUGAUCUCUAUGAGGGAACAUGGUACUUGGUGCGAGUGGAUGAAAAGCACAGAAGAACCUACGCUCGUCGCCCCGUGUUGGGCGAUGGGCCUUUGGAAGCAGGAGUGGAAGUGGUUCAUCUGGGUCUUGCUCACGAGCACAUCCCUAGCCCUGCCAAGAAAGUACCAAGAAUUCCUGCGAAAACAGAAGCAGUUGCUGUUUCCCUUUCCAACGGGGAGCAUUAAGACACCUCUGUGAGGUGGGAGUUGAAAAGAUUAGGGAGAGGUGGAUAUGUACAUGGGGAUUAACUGUUCUGACCCACAUUCUGCUGUACAGUAUUGCUUAAUUGGAGCAUGAAAAUAUCAAUCCCGAAGCUCUGUCUUUUGAUGCAGUUGUUGACACGUGUAGUUUCAUAACACUAAAAGUUCUCAUGCUUCUUGGAACAGAAAUUACCAAGGGCUCUUUCUGAGAAAUGUAAUUCGUUUUUGGUUUUUUUAAGUAGGUUCAGGAAUAGGUACUUUAAUGUAGGCUCAGGAAAACGUCAGCUCUGCUUGCCCUGCCCCCUCCCUCCCUGUUUUAAUGAAAAUCUCUGCAAAUUUUGUAAUAUUAGCCACCAGAGAGGAAGCAAGUCUUCUUUUUUAAAGCCAUUAUUAAGAGAAAUUAAUGUGACUUAAAGCCAUUUGUGUGUCAUCUUAGUCUUAAAUGUUAGGGUCCUAUGUGCCUUAACAGGAGUAGCACCCUGUCUCUUAAAAUACAAACCUUAUUCCACCCCUCAAAAUACCCCAUGAAUUUGAGGAGCGUGCAAUGGGUUUGUUUUUCAAGGUGCUAUUAAAUGGAGAAAGUUUUUCCAAUUGCCAUUGUAAGUCCAAAUCUAUCCUAGAAAAGUGACUUCUAGAUGAAUCCGGUUUCCAAUUGUACAUUCAUAUCAGUUGAAAAACUCCUUUUCCUCCACCUCCCACAAAUCUCAUUUUUGUCGCAAAGUUAAAAAGUGCAUGCAUGUGGAGUGAAGAGUUCCUCUCUCCGCCUCUGGGAAGUGCUCAUGGCAGAGUAUUGCAAUGGUAGCUUGCUUGGAACUUAGAAAUAGUUGGAACAUAAAUUCCUCUGAACUUCUCUUGUGUAAUCUUUUGUAAAGGUUACUUGAGAACAGGCUUUGCAUACUCAGCUUCUAGAUAAUGAAGACUUGGUUGAACCCUCAUCCCAGAUACUACGAUCAAUCCUGGAACAUUUUGUUCUUCAAGGCAGUUUUUAUGUAUGUGUUUGGGAGCGUUCUGAAACAAAUAGGUGUGGCUCUGAACUGAUGUAUUUCUAGUUUCAUAUUUCCAGCUUAUUUAAAACUCCCAUUUUCACUUCUGUAGGAAUACUAGACCACUGCAAUCCUCAAAGCACUGACUGUAGAACAGACGUGCACACUUUGUGACUCCUGAAGCUGAAUGUAGCCCCCCAGCUAUGUAUGGCAGCUCACUCAAUAAACCUCCUGGCCUGACUGCCCGCACCAAAAACAGGGUUGGUCGUAGAGCACCUGGCUGAGCCUGCUACAUGGCUUGGGAGCUCCUUUUGGCCCACAAGUUAAUUCUCAUCUAGACCUGCUUCAGAAUAAGUGCUUUGCCCAUUGCAAGUAUGUGUAUUGGCCAUUGCAAAUAUGUAUAUAGGCUCUCUUGAGGGAGUCAGCUGGCAUGUUGGGUGGGCCUGGAUGUACUGGAAUUAAAGGGAAAGAAAGCUCCUGCCUUGUAAAAUACAUUGCAUUUACACUAAACUUCUAGUCUGUCCUGUUUUUAUUUUGUGUUGAAAUCCUUUAAAAAGCUUUGUCUAUUAAGAUUUGCAGAAUUGGUACCUACCGUGCUAAGUUACAAGAUGCAGGGGUUUUGAUGUUAUGUAAUUUGUUUUUAAAAAAAAAGAAAGAAAAGACAUUACUGACUAAGGUUUGAUAAUCUGUACAUCAUGUUGUACAAAUGCUUUAACGUAACAUGGAUUGAUAAAACAGGUGGUCUAAGUGCUGUGGCUUCGUGUGACAGAGGAAUGGAGCACAAGCUUGAUACUUGUCCACAUGUUGUCGAAAGAGAAUCAAGUCCAUUGCAGGCAAUGGACACGCUGAGAACCAUAGCACAAAAGUUCACCUUUAUAAACCUCACAAACAAUGAGUCAGAUGCCUUGUCAAAUAAACCUUGAGCUAUUUGAACUA